AUGAUUGUGCUUGGCUCUCGAAACGGAGAGGCUCAACGCCGACUGCAGUCUUGUUGCAAUGGUGAUCUGAGGUGCGAUCGUACCGAAACUGGCCCAAUUGCGCUUCAUAUCCUAAUCAUCAGCACCUAUCUUGACAACUGGCGACUUUACCUUGGGCACUUAGCCUCAAUGUUCGAGGGAAAGGAUGACCGUCUUAUCACAGCUGUGUUGAAGGAUCCAUCGAUCGAUUUCGCCGACCUGCAGAUACUUCGAGAUCUAGAGUCGAAUCUGCUCACCAUGGAGGCGAUUCUGAAAUCCAGUAUCAAUAUCCUGGCCCAGCUCGAGGCAUGUGCGCAAGCCCUUCUCGAACACAGGCCCAAAGUCGGUCAACAGACAGGGUCGGCCAGCAAGUCUUCUUAUCUCAAUGAUCAGCAGAUGAGGUCGCUUGACGUCCUGCAAUCGAAGGCGAAUGGUUUCAUAGCAAGCGCAGAAGUCCUGCGUCACCGCGUUGGCAACGCUAUCGGUCUUGUAAGACUAGCCACAAUUCCACCCCAACUGCUACUGACUGCUCGCUUCCUCAACACAACCCUUGCUGACCUGGAAUGA